CCCCUACAUUGAAUGAAGACAGGAAUCCUUCUGCAGGGAAACCAUGGGCUUGACUGGGAAGAAAUCGGAAAAGGGCCCGGUGUGUUGGAGAAGGCGCGUAAAAUCAGUGUACAUGCGGCUCCGUCAGCUGAAGCGCUUCCGCAGAGCUGAUGAAGUCAAGAGCAUGUUCAAUUCCAAUAGACAGAAGAUUCUGGAGCGCACCGACAUCCUGAAUCAAGAGUGGAAGUUGCGUCGGAUACAGCCUGUACACAUCAUGACGUCUGUAAGCUCCUUACGUGGGACCAGGGAGUGUACCGUUGACAGUGGUUUCACAGAGUUCCCUAAACAAGUCAUUCCUCUCAAAACACUGAAUGCAGUGGCCUCUGUGCCCGUCAUGUACUCCUGGUCUCCACUCCAGCAAAACUUUAUGGUUGAGGAUGAGACGGUUCUGCACAACAUCCCCUACAUGGGUGAUGAAAUCCUUGACCAGGAUGGUACCUUUAUUGAAGAGCUGAUUAAAAACUAUGACGGCAAAGUGCAUGGAGACAGAGAGUGUGGCUUCAUAAACGAUGAAAUCUUUGUGGAGUUGGUGAAAGCACUUAAUCAGUACAGUGACAAUGAGGAGGAAGAUGAAGAGGAAGACCAGCAGGAUUAUAAACUGGACAAGAUGGAUCUCUGUGAUGGUAAAGAAGAUUCUGAGGACCCACCUAAGAAGUUUCCCUCUGACAAGAUAUUUGAGGCCAUCUCCUCCAUGUUUCCAGAUAAGGGCUCACCAGAGGAGCUGAAAGAGAAGUAUAAAGAGCUGACAGAGCAGCAGCUGCCUGGAGCUCUUCCCCCUGAGUGCACCCCUAACAUAGACGGACCAAACGCCAAGUCAGUGCAGAGGGAACAGAGCCUACACUCCUUCCACACUCUCUUCUGUAGACGCUGCUUCAAAUACGACUGCUUCCUUCACCCUUUCCACGCAACCCCAAACACCUACAAGAGGAAGAAUAUGGAGAACCUCGUGGACAGCAAACCAUGUGGCAUUGAUUGCUACAUGUAUUUAGAUGGCAUGGUGAGGGAGUACCCCGCCGGCGUGGUGGCGGAACGGGCCAAGACGCCGUCCAAGCGUUCGGUGGGGCGACGCAGGGGCAGGCUUCCCAACAGCAGCAGCAGGCCCAGCACCCCUACCGUCAGCAACGAGACCAAGGACACGGACAGCGACCGCGAGGGAGGGACCGACGGCGCCGACUGCAACGACAAGGACGAUGACGACAAGAAGGAUGAAACCACCAGCUCCUCAGAGGCGAAUUCGCGCUGUCAGACUCCAGUGAAGCUGAAAGCCAGCAGCGAGGCUCCGGAGAACGUGGACUGGAGCGGAGCUGAGGCCUCUCUCUUCAGAGUCCUCAUAGGCACCUACUACGACAACUUCUGUGCCAUCGCACGACUCAUAGGCACCAAAACCUGCAGACAGGUGUAUGAAUUCAGGGUAAAAGAAUCCAGCAUAAUCGCACGUGCUCCUGCAGAAGAUGAAGACACUCCUCCACGAAAGAAGAAAAGAAAACACAGAUUGUGGGCUACCCACUGCCGCAAAAUCCAGCUGAAAAAAGAUGGCUCAUCCAACCACGUGUAUAACUAUCAGCCGUGCGAUCACCCACGGCAACCCUGCGACAGCUCCUGUCCCUGCGUCACCGCACAGAACUUCUGUGAGAAAUUUUGCCAGUGCAGCUCUGAGUGUCAGAACCGUUUCCCUGGAUGUCGCUGUAAGGCCCAGUGUAACACUAAGCAGUGUCCCUGUUACCUGGCCGUGCGUGAAUGUGACCCUGACCUGUGCCUCACCUGUGGGGCGGCCGAGCACUGGGACAGCAAAAAUGUCUCCUGCAAGAACUGCAGCAUCCAGAGAGGGGCUAAAAAGCACUUGCUGUUGGCUCCCUCUGAUGUGGCUGGAUGGGGCAUCUUUAUUAAAGAGCCUGUGCAGAAGAAUGAAUUCAUCUCUGAAUAUUGUGGAGAGAUAAUCUCACAGGAUGAGGCUGACCGCAGAGGCAAGGUGUACGACAAAUACAUGUGCAGCUUCCUGUUCAACCUGAACAAUGAUUUUGUUGUUGAUGCAACAAGGAAAGGCAACAAGAUUAGGUUUGCCAACCAUUCCGUGAACCCGAAUUGCUAUGCAAAGGUCAUGAUGGUGAAUGGGGACCAUAGAAUAGGCAUUUUUGCUAAGAGAGCCAUACAAACCGGUGAGGAACUUUUCUUCGACUACAGAUACAGUCAAGCCGAUGCCCUCAAGUAUGUAGGCAUUGAACGAGAAAUGGAAAUUCCUUGAAGCCAUCUACCUCCUCUUCAACAAAUGCCUUACA